CGCCAUACAUCCUCUCUAACCUUUUGGCAGUAAACACGAAGUAGAGGAAUGCUAAUGUUAUCUCAUAGUCAACAGCUGGACAUUGCAAGGGACAAACAGUAAAAAUAUCUUUCCAGAACAGCCAUGGAUAUAGCACUUUAUCUGAUACCUGCUGCUGUCCUCGUUGUCUUGAUUUUGUUUGCGUUGAAGGUGCGGAGGAAAACACAGGAAGCUGAUGAGGAGCAGCGGAGGGAUGUUAUCAGGGCAGCCGGACCCCCGCAGCGGGCAGCAGAAGAGAGAGGAGCCGGUAUGCCUCGCAGGAGGAGGAACCUUGCUGCAAUGAUGGCUAACAGACGACCACAGAGAGAAGCUGUGGAACAUGAUGAGGAGCGUGAAGAGGAAGAGGAUGCGGAGCAGCAGAACUUCCAGUCAACAGCAAAGGUUGGAGCGAAGAAGCAGAAAAAGCUGGAGGAGAAACAAGCCAAGAAAGCUCAGAGAGAGGCGGAGAUGGAGGAGAGAGAAGAGAGGAAGAGGUUGCAGGAGCUCAGAGAGCAGGAGAGACGCCAAGAGGAAGAGAGAGAACGACUGCUGGAGCAGAAACAGGAGGAGGACAAACGGCUUGCUAAAGAGGAGCAGGAAAGACGGGAGGAGGAGGAGUACUUAAAACUCAAAGCAUCCUUCAUCGUAGAGGACCAGGGAGAGGAAGAGCAGCUCACUGAAGACCAGUCACGCAACCUUUUACAAGAAUUCAUCCAGUACAUUGAGAGCACCAAGGUUGUUCUCUUGGAAGACUUGGCUUCUCAUUUUGGGAUGAGGACACAGGAUGCUAUUAGUAGACUACAGGACCUUUUAGCUGAAGGCUCCCUCACAGGAGUGAUUGAUGACAGAGGGAAGUUUAUCUACAUCACACCAGAAGAGUUGGACUUAGUGGCUCAGUUCAUCAUACGGAGAGGCAGAGUGUCCAUCACAGAACUGGCUCAGGCCAGCAACUCUCUGAUCAACCUGAUGCCUGAGAGCCGCAGCGCUGCCUGACACACACACACACACACACCUGGACAGGUUUUCACGUGACCACAUGAAGAAUAAUCACGUUGAUCUGUGUGAAGACUUCACUCAUCUGCUGGUCAAAAGUACAUGCUGUUGGUUGUUAUUUGGUGCCAGGUGACAUUCUUCUCUCUUUAUAAAGACAUCAUUGCUUAGUAGUCAGUAUUCACCAGAGUCAAGCUACUACUAGAGCAUUGGUAGUAGAGUAAGUAGCUUAUGAUAUUUAAUUAACAAAUCCAUCAACAUGACGUGAUUUGUUGUAUUAAAAAAUAAAAUAUAUAUAUAUAUAUAUUUUUGGCACA